GAUUCUUCACUUUUUCUAACUUGAUAAAUGUAAAACGAAAACUUUUUUCGUUUUAAUUGGAAUGAAUGCCAAAUGGUUGUAUCCCUCAUGAGCAAAUGGGUUUGUUUGUCCUCAGUUUUUGGACUGCUUCUACUAAUAGUUUGACUUGGGUUACGUUCUUUUUCUAUCUCCAACUCGAACAAGAAAGGUCAAAUGGAGGUAAAGAUGGGGUUCAAGUAAGUAAUUGUCUCCUUUGUCAUUCCCAAUCACUUUAAUUUCCAUGGAAGUGUUAUUUUCUUGUAUAGAAAAUGAUUACUUAUCACUUUAUUUGAGCUUACAUUACUAGUUCCGAAGGUGACAGCUUGUCGUACGUUAAUAUAAAUUAAUUUAUUUUAGAUGCUUCUAACUUGUAUUAGGAAAUAAAUUAGUUAGUAUUGUUAUGAAAUUGUCCAAAAUGGAGCUUAAUGAAUACUGAGGAUGAAUAUAGCUGGCCUGUCUCAUAACUUAUACAUAGGGAAACAACUGAUAGAGGGAGGGAGGGAGAGUGGAUGUUUAAUUUUAAGCGGAAAAACAACAAAUAAAAAGUAGAUCAGAAAAUCCGCAUUAUGCUUGCUCUAAUCAUGUCAAAUGGAGAAAAUUAGGGAUAAAAGUUAACACAAACAAUCUCAACCAAACAAUGCAACUUGUAUUUAACUCAUUUUAAAAAUAUAGAACAUAGGGGGAAUGCUUCCCACUUGCUCCACUUGACCAAACCACAAAUAAGACACAAAAACACUCUUAACUCAUUAUUUAUUAAUUAACUUAUCUUAGUGCUAAUCAGUGGAGUCUUAUCUUAUUAAUAAACAACAUUAAACUUCUGUCACUUCACCAGUAUAUAAACCCCAUAUCUCAGUUCCACUCUCACCCCCAUUAAUUAAAAAAGAAAAAUGGAAAAUAUUACGAUUCCUCAAUUGCAUGUUAGAAAUUUAGGAAGAAGAAGUUCUAGACAUUCGACAAAAUAUCAUGGUGUAAGAAGAAGACCAUGGGGUAGAUAUGCAGCUGAGAUUAGAAAUCCAAACACAAAACAAAGGCAUUGGCUUGGCACGUUUGAUACUGCUGAAGAAGCUGCUUUGGCUUAUGAUAUUUCUUCUAUUGCUUUUUGUGGUAUCGAAAAUGCACGUACUAAUUUUGUGUACCCUUUUUCGUCAUUUCCUUCACCUUAUAAUACCCCGGCACCACCAUCUCCGCCACCACCACCACCACCACCGUCAACGCCGGAGUUGGAAGUGGUUGAAAAUAAUUGCAUGGAGAUUGAGAUGAAUGUUGAUGAUGAUGAUGAGUCUCUUGUUAUUGCUUCUAUUUUCCAAAGUUUCGGUCAUUCAAACACACUAGAUAAGCUGGCUCUUUGAGGAUAUCUUAACAGUUUUGAAUA